AUGCUACACCCCCGGCGCAGUGCCCAGUAUGUCCUAUUGUGUGACCUCUGUGAAGCUGCCCCCGUACAGAGUCAUUGUGAACGUUGUAAUAUAAAUCUAUGCAAGGCCUGUGUUGGGGAGCACCUCUCGGAUACGUCUAAAAGACACAAUGUCGUGUCCUAUUUACAUAGAGAAUCUACUCGUAACUACUCAAAAUGUCCGAAACACGCCGAUGAACACUGCAAACAUUACUGUGAGAAAUGUGACAUUCCUAUCUGUAUUACCUGCGUCUCCGCAGGUAAACACAAAGGUCACGAUAUAUCAGAUGUUCUGGAAAAACUCAGUUCUAAAACACAAAGUUUACAAGAAGAUUUAGAGGAACUAGAGACCAGAAUUUAUCCCCGAUAUGAAAAGAUGGCGUCCGAUAUCCAAACUGACAAAGCCCAGUUAGAAACGAAUUACGGGAAGCUGACAAGAGCUGCUGACCAACAAGAAAAGAUUUUGCACAGAGAGAUUACCGCCAUUGUCAACCAACGGAAAUAUGACAUUCGGGAGAAGAAAAACAAACACCUAUCUACCCUGAAUAGAAAUACAGAUGAGAUCACACAGAAAAUGACUGAAAUCAAACAAAUCAUGUCCGACUUGAAAUCAGUACUAGAAUCAAACGACAUCUCCUUUACCUCUACUUACAAAUCUAGGAAUUCCGAAUUUAGAACUUUACCGCCUAAAGUUCGAAUUACAUUACCAAGUUUUUCUCCUCAGAAAAUAAACAAAGAUCAGCUCAAUGAAAUGUUCGGUUCUGUGACAUCAUUAUCCAUUACCACAGAAGAACAAGACGACACAAUGAAGUCACCAGAAGCUGUGUCGUCUCCUCCAGUCAAACCGCUGCUUGAUGAACCGCGACUCGUCGCCACCACAAACACUGAGUAUAGACCACUAUUCAGUGUUCGCUGUCUCAGUGAUGAACAAAUCUGGACAUGUGGGGAUAGCAAAAUCAUGAAGCUCCUCGACCUCCAGGGUAAACUACUGACAUCAAUACAAACCGAGUCAAGAUACAGACCAGAGGACAUAGCAGUCACACGGGACGGAAAUCUUGUAUAUACAGACUUUGAAAAUAAAACUGUAAACAUAGUGAAGAAUAAACAAAUACGGACUGUGAUCAGGUUACAGGGGUGGGCACCUCUCAAUGUCUGCAGUACCACCUCAAAUGAUCUCCUGGUUACCAUGAUCAAUGAUAAUGAAACACAAUCCAAAGUUGUGCGUUACUCUGACUCCAUAGAGACCCAAACCAUUCAGUUUGAUGAUCAGGGUCGUUCUCUCUAUUCAUACGGUAAUUACACUAAAUACAUCAAUGAGAACAGGAAUCUGGAUAUCUGUGUCGCUGACUAUUGGUCUAGUGCAGUAGUUGUGGUAAAUCAAUCAGGAAAACUUCGAUUUAGAUACACUGGUCAUAUCUCUAAUACCGAGAAGUCAUUUGAUCCAGUCGGCAUCACUACUGACAGCCAGAGCCACAUCCUCACAGCAGAUUUUAGAAAUCACCGUAUCCACAUCCUAGAUCAGGACGGACAGUUCCUCCGUUACAUUCAGAACUGUCAUCUACGCGAUCCACACGGUGUUUGUGUGGACACCAGAGACAACUUCUUUGUGGUUGAGCUUGACACUGGUAAAGUGAAGAAAAUCCAAUAAAUAUAAACACGGUGUUAACAACACAUCUCAACACAGUGUUAAUUAGGGCCCCGUAUGAAAUGCGGGAAGCCCUAUAGUAAUCACAUUGUCCGUCCGUCCGUCCGUCUGUCCGUCAACACUUUCUUUGUGACACGAUAACUCAAACAGUUUUUAUCGUACAGUUUUCAAAUUUUGUACAGAAAUAAUGUACAAUAAGAGGAAGAAGCCUAUAUAUUUUGGGGUCAUUUCACUUUGUCUGUCUGUCUGUACGGCAUGAUCUUUGUCAUUAUGAACACUUUCUUUGUUACACAAUAACUCAAACAGUUUUCAUUGUACAGUUUUCAAAUUUUGUACAGAAAUAUUUUACAAUAAGAGGAAGACACCUAUAGAUUUUGGGGUCAUGUCACUUUGUCUGUCUGUCUGUAUGUGUAUCAUUAUCUUUGUUAUUAUGAACACUUUCUUUGUGACACGAUAACUCAAACAGUUUUCAUUGUACAGUUUUCAAAUUUUGUACAGAAAUACUUUACAAUGAGAGGAAGAUACCUAUAGAUUUUGAAGUCAUGUCACUUUGUCUGUCUGUUUGAAUGUCAUCAUCUUUCUUAUUAUGACCGUAUUUAUUUACCACUGUCUAAGGGAGAUAAUUCAAUUUGAAUUAUGAUAUGCAUUGUAUUGAUAUAUAGAAAAUUUACAAGAAAUAACUCUACAACAUUGUGUAUGUGUAUAUAUUUGUUUUUUUUUUAAAUGUGA